UGAACGUUCUGGUUUUUAGUCCAUAGUCCGUCGUCCGUGCAAGUCACCGACCACGCACGUCUUGUACUAAUCGUCUUACGAUUUUUAAUACUUAAUUUUUUUGUGCUUCGUUCCAGUUUUAAGUGAAACAUGUGUCUCACCGUCGCCGAAGUUCGUCAACGACUAAGUCGCAAAUUGCCCAGUUCGGAACGUCAUCUGAUCGUAAGGGUUUGCGGUGUGUUGAAUGACAUCCUGGAGCUCUUAGACAAUCCUUGCAGUCCUGAUGUGAUCGAGAUGUUGAAAGUAAUCAUCGAAACCUGUGUUGAUGAAAAUGUAAGUUUGGUGAUUUCUCGUCAAAUAUUUACUGAUUUCAACUCAAAAGUCUUACCUGAAAUGAAUGAUGCGCAGUCCAAAUUACUAGCUUUCUUCAUGCUGGAUAUAAUGUGUCGUAGAUCAGAACUUUUUGUAGAACAAAUAUCCAACGCACGAUUGCAUUUAUCGACCAUAUAUGAGAAAGAUAAAAAUUGGAGAGAUGCGGUUCUUAUGCUGGUUGCAAUUCCACUCGAAUCAGGACAAAAAUUGUAUUCAGUUGAUUAUAAAUUGGCAACAUUCAUUAGAAUAGCACGUCUGUACUUGGAAGAUAACGAUCCAUUGCAAGCAGAGUUAUAUAUUAAUAGAGCUUCGAUUUUGCAACCAGAUGAUGAAUAUUUACAGGAUGCUUAUAAUUCAACACACGCACGUGUGCUAGAUUAUCGUAAGAGGUUUAUUAAGGUUGCACAUAGAUGGACUAAAUUAUUGUUGUUCAGGCCAAAUUUAACUGACGAUGACCGCAUUACAGCAUUAAACCAUUUAAGAAAAUUUAAGAAAGUUGAAUCUCUGUACUUUGAAGUCAAUCUCACUAUUGACAUGAUAAAUGCUAACUCAUCUAUUUGUGAAUGUAUAGAUGAGCAUUUUGUUAAUCAAAUGGCAUUAUAAAUGUACGUAAUACUGUAAUACUUUUCCUUAUUUAUGUUUGUAAUAAUGAUUUUUUUUUCAAUUAUGAUUGUCUUAUAAUAUAUUGGUUACCGUCA